AUGGAUUUUUCAUGCAGUUGGUCUUCUUCCUUGAUGGUUUCUCGUUUCCUCGUGCUUUUACUCAAUGGCUCAUCAUCUCAACCAAGUGAUUUGGUUAGAACAAUCUGCCCCAGAACUAUCAACAAUGAUCUGUGCCUACAAAUUUUCAAAUCUGAUCCUCGUUCAGCAACUGCAGAUGUUAAAGGCCUUGGACAGAUCGCAAUCGAUGCGGGUGAAGCCUCGGCUAACCAGACCCUCAAUACUCUUGGCUCUCUCUUUAAUAGCACGCCGGCAAGCCCUCUAAAAGAUAUAUAUCAGACAUGCACAAGAAACUAUGAGACAGCCAUUUCCAAGCUCGAGACAGCAAAGAAUCUUCUAUCGUCCCCCAAUUAUAAAUCUGCAUCCGGUCUUGCUACAGAUGCAAUGACUAAUAUCGUGAGUUGUGAGACUAGUUUCAUAUUAUUACCAUUCCCGGACGAAUCACCAAUAGUUUCUUUUUUAGAAUUGACUCAAAAGUCCUCCGACCUUGCCCGAAUCAUUGAAAUUAUUUUAGUGGAUUUUCUCGUGUAA